CGGCGGCAGUGCGCGGAGCGGCAGCGCGCAAGGGCCGGGCCCCGCCGGGGGGGGGGAGGGGGUGGAAAAAUUAAGAAAAAAAAAAAAUUAUACAUAUAUUUAUAGGAGGGUGCUGAGCAUGGCUCUGGAUUUCCUCGCGGGAUGCGUCGGCGGUGCUGCCGGAGUGCUUGUCGGACACCCCUUCGACACCGUCAAGGUUCGCCUACAAGUUCAAAAUGUAGAGAAACCUCUCUACCGUGGGACCUUCCAUUGCUUUCAGUCCAUCAUAAAGCAAGAAUCUGCUUUUGGACUUUAUAAAGGUAUUGGGUCACCAAUGAUGGGACUUACCUUCAUUAAUGCCCUUGUGUUUGGUGUACAAGGAAAUACCCUUCGUGCCCUUGGCAAAGACACUCCUCUGAACCAAUUCCUCGCGGGGUCAGCAGCAGGGGCUAUUCAGUGCAUCAUCUGCUGCCCCAUGGAGUUGGCAAAGACAAGAAUGCAGCUACAAGGAACAGGUGAAUACAAACUAAAAACGAAGAACUAUAAAAAUUCUCUGGAUUGUUUGAUCAAAAUCUAUCGAAAGGAAGGGCUGAGGGGCAUCAACAGGGGCAUGGUCUCCACAUUAAUAAGAGAGACUCCAAGCUUUGGCUUUUACUUCUUGACCUAUGACUGCAUGACCAGGUAUUUAGGCUGUGAAGCUGAAGACAGUUACGUUAUUCCCAAACUGCUGUUUUCUGGAGGGAUGUCAGGGAUCGUGUCCUGGCUCUCCACCUACCCUGUGGAUGUGAUCAAGUCCCGGCUCCAGGCGGACGGCGUCGGGGGCGUUACACAGUACAACGGGAUCCUAGACUGUGUCAGGAAGAGCUACCACGAAGAGGGCUGGAGGGUCUUUACAAGAGGCCUUACUUCUACGCUUCUCCGUGCUUUUCCUGUCAAUGCAGCUACUUUUGCUACUGUCACUGUGUUCCUAAUGUACAUGAGGUCGGAAGAUGACCUUCGGGAAUGUGAACCAGGUCCGGUAAUCCAGCAGCCUUCCAGUCUGUGAGCACCACCUGUUUGUUCUUGACCCAAAGCCCAGCUGGUUUUUAACUGUAAACAGUCGAUCCGCACAAGUAGUGUAAAUGUAUGCUACCUGUAUAAAGAAUUCCUAAAUGUGUUAAAUUAGGAUUUCAUCUCAUUACUUGUACAAACAGCAUCCAGCCUUACCAAGGACUUAAUAUCCUGUAGUAGCCAAGUAAGACGGGGACCUGCCUUUAGGAAAGUACUGUACAGUUGUGGCUCCAGAAGAGGAUCUGGAGAAUCUCGUAGUACCAGGAAUCAGGUUUUCUUCCACCCAUGUUCUGAAUGACUGAGCUGAAUUGAAUGCAGAAAUGUCUGCAGAAAAGAAACGCUUCUUGUUUGUAACAGGAGUAAGUACAGGCCUCCAAUGUGAGGUAGGGGGAAGGAGGAGGAAGUUAAGUGUUGGAGGCAUUUUGCAGGUAACCCUGAACUGUUUAAGACAUGGACUAGCAUUCAGCUAGCCCUGUUGUGUUUUACUUUUCCUCUGCUUUUAAGUGUCAGUUUUGUUUAGUAGCAUCAUUGUUCAUACUGGUUUGCUAAAGAAAUAAUUUGCUUCUAAGCCACUCCCUUGCCUUUCAGCUUUGAAUAAAUAUCUUAAGCACAAAGUUAGCAUUUGCACUUAUAUGCAGAUGUGCCUUUACAUUUCAAGGCUAGUAAGGAUUUAGGGAAACUCAAAGCUAUCCAGAUCAAUAUUAUCAGCCUUCACCUCUACUUCUUGUUUGGCAGGUGCACAGAGCACAUUGCCUAGUUUCAGACCAAGCAGACUUUGUUCUUUAAGUUAAUGCAACUUUGUGCCACUUCACCCAACCUGCAACCUAGCCGCCAGUGAUGUACAGAAGUCAAAAGUCCUACCUGUGUUGUUGCGCAAAGUGUUUGUGGGUGUAAUGUUAGCUUAGCAGCUUGAAGUACUGUGGAAAUACAUACACCUGUAGACCUGGAGGUUUCCUACCUUUCCAGAAAAUAGGGGUGCGUCUGUAAUGGCUGGUGUUCGAUACACUUGCAUUAUGCAUUUAAAGAAUACUGAUGUCUAUGUAUUUAGUUACAGUGCUACUGGAAAGAAGACUGAAAAGGGUUUUGUAGAUUUUCCUUGUUACAUGAAUCCGCUGUGAUUUCUUUUGUAGCAGUCUGUUCAAGAGGGAUUGCUUUAGAGCUAUGAACAGCUAUUUAGCAUUUGAAGCAGAACUACACAUAUUUGGCACAAAUAGCCAGGAGAGAGGAGUGCAUGCGGGUUGAAAAAUGUUCUAAAAACGUAUCAAGCUAGGUCAGUAAGUACAGCUUCUUACACUUUCAGAUGGGACACGUGCAAUAUGUGUUUAAUUUAAAUGGAUUUUUUUUCUAAAGAAACCUUAUUUCAUAGCAUUUUGCACUGUAACAAAAUAUGCUGGAGAAACCUGUAAAACUGGUAUGUCUUUUUAUACCUUGAAGGUAUGUUGGGUGUUUUAGUGCCUACUUGCACUGAGAUUCAAAUUGAAUGUUAAACCUGUCUACUAAGCUGCACAUGCACAACUCACAGCAAAGACCAUUUACACCUUUGUACAGAAGUCUGGAAUGAUUGUAUAUAAAAUUGAGGGAAUAAAUUUGUAAAAAAAAA